AUGGCUGGUGACGCCGCCCAGAAGGCGGCCAACAAGGUCAACCCUUCCGAGGACGAGCUCAACCAGAUUGACAAGCCCGCUGAGGACAACACUUGGCACGAUGUCCCUGACCUUUCAAAGGACAACCUCAAGAACCAGGCUAGGUCCAAGUUCGAUGAGCAGAAGCCCUUUAACAAGGAGCAGGCCAAGGGUGCUCUUGGUGACGCUACGCAAGCUGCCCACCCCAGUGGCUCUCGUGACCCCGCCGACGCCGCUGAACUCGCUCGCCGUGACCAGCAAACCGGUGGCAACUCCGGUGUCGAUGCUACCAAGGGUGCCAUGGAGGGUGCUGACCGCCUCCAGCAGCAUGCUCGUGAGAACGUUCCUCAGGAAACUCAGGACCGUGCUCGCGAGGCCAGAGAGCGCACCAACAACUACAUGAAGGAGAAGCUUCCCAAGGAGCGCCGCGAGCAGGGCAUCUACCGCCUGAAGAAGAUGAUCGUCGAGAUCCAAGGCCACCAGGACNNUGUAUGUUGA